AUGAUGAUCGUUAACUUUCUCUCUGAUGUAUUCUGGUGGGUGUUUAUCCUCCUCCUUAUUCCCGCAGCCACCCUAUUAUUGGGAAAAUGGUUGGAUGCCUACUUCCACACACAACGAAAGGCCAAAUUAUCAGCCGCAUCUCAACAAGAGGAAAAAAAUGGAAAGGAAGAGAAAAAGAAUGGCAAUAUCCCCAUCAUCCCUUCUUCUUCUUCUUCUUCUUGUUGCUGUAAUACUACUACUACUACUACUACUACUACUACUACUCGUAAAGGGGAAGUAAAGAAGAUACUCAUUGCGUAUGCCACUCAGAGCAACACGGCAUGUAAGUUAGCGCAUAAACUUUUUUCUACCAUGACAGCCGCAUUAUAUGAGGCGGCGAAUAGUGUAGAUGGAAUGGAUAGCUGUUGUGCAAAUAAUAAUAAUAAUAAUAAUAAUAAUAAUAAAGAUAAUAAUAAUAAUAAUAAGCGUAGUGAUUGUUGUAGAGAUCGUGUACGGGAAGUGCCUGAGGUGAAAGUAUUACAACUCGCUGAGGAUGCCCAUCAGUGUAGUGUAGAGCAUCUUCUUGAGAGUAAUGCGUAUGGACUUGUGGUUCUUAUUGCCAGUACACAUACGAAUGGAACUGCCCCUGAAGCCUCACAGAGUUUUGCAGAGAUGUUAUUAGAUGCUUAUAAUGAUUUUCGAGUUUCUCGUGAUGUCUUUGCAAAGACAAAGUUUGCUGUUUUUGGACUUGGGGAUAUUGCCUAUGGUGAGACUUAUUUUAAUCGCUUUGCAAAGAAUUUAUAUACAUGGUGUAAAGGACUUGGAGCCACCUUUGUGGUUCCCCCGGUGUAUGCAAGUGAGGCGAAUAUGGUGAAUCUAUUUAAUGUUUUCUCUGCAGCGUUAAUGAAAUGGAUGGGCCGUGUGCAGUUUACAGAAGAGGGUGUGGUGGUGAUUACAAGGAAGAAACAACAAUUACUCCUACAAAGACAGCAGAAGAAACUUAAUAAAAAUAAUAAAAAUAAUAAUAAUAAAGGUGAAGAAGAAGAAGAAGAAGAGAAUGGGAUUCCACGAGUAAACGCUGAACGAGAUUCCGAAGAUGAUGAGGAAGAUGAGAAUGAUGAAGAAAAUAAUAAUAAUAAUAAUGAUAGUGCUGAAGAAGAUGAUGAUAUGGAAAAUCUUGUAAUGGAUGAUAUGGAUGAAAAUAAUAAUAAUAAUAAUAAUAAUAAUAAUAAUAAUAAUAACGAUCCUCCUGAACUUCUCUAUCCACGUUUACGUGCCAAUUUACAAAAACAAGGAUAUCAUCUCAUUGGUAGUCACAGUGGUGUGAAGUUAUGUAGAUGGACCAAAGCCAUGCUGCGUGGACGUGGGGGUUGUUAUAAACAUACAUUUUAUAAUAUCGCCUCGCAUCAAUGUAUGGAAAUGACUCCAAGUCUCGCUUGUGCAAAUAAAUGUGUUUUCUGUUGGCGACAUCAUACAAAUCCAGUGGGCCGUUCAUUUCGUUGGCGUGUGGAUCCACCGCAAUUACUCAUUAAUGAAGCCGUGAAUGGACAUCAACGGAUGUUGCGGCAAAUGCGAGGCGUACCAGGCGUAACAGCCGAGAGAUUAGAAGAAGCCAUGCAAGUUCGACAUUGUGCACUUUCAUUAGUAGGCGAACCCAUUAUGUAUCCAGCGAUUAAUGAAUUUGUGGAUCUUUUACAUGAAAAACAUAUUUCUUCUUUUAUGGUCACAAAUGCACAGUUUCCUGAACAAUUACGAGAUUUAAAACCCGUUACCCAAUUGUAUUUAUCUAUAGAUGCCCCAACACCAGAGGAGUUAAAACGUGUGGAUCGUCCAUUAUUUGAGGAUUACUGGGAAAGAUGUUUAAAUUGUGUGCGGGAACUUCGCCGUAAACCACAACGAACUGUUUUUCGACUUACUUUGGUAAAUAAAUACAAUACAGAAAAUGUUGCGGCGUAUGCAGAUCUGGUACGAUUAGGAUGGCCAGACUUUAUUGAAGUGAAAGGAGUGACUUAUUGUGGAACGAGUAGUACUUCUACACUAACAAUGAAAGAAAAUGUCCCUCGACAUGCGGAGGUGGUGGAGUUUUGUGAGGCUUUAUGUGCAGCACUGGAGAACUGUACACCGCCAAGAGAUAAGACGGUGUGGAUGCCAACAGGAAAUGAAGAGGUUGUUAGUAGUAGUAAUAAUAAUAAUAAUAAUAAUAAUAAUAAUAAUAAUAGUGAUAACGAAGAGAAGGAGGAUGAUACUACUAUUACUACGACUAUUACUUCUACUGGUCCAUAUGCUAUUGCCUGUGAACAUGAACACAGUUGUUGUGUUCUUAUUGCUCUUCGUCGUUUCUGUGUAAAUGGGGUUUGGCAUACAUGGAUUGAUUACGAUAAGUUUAUGCAAUUAGCCCAGAGUGGACGGAAGGACUUUACUUCAGCAGAGUAUGCCGCUCCCACACCCGCAUGGGCCGUCUUUCGCUCACAUGAAAAAGGAUUUGAUCCUCAACAGGAACGUGUAAGGCGUAAAGGUGGAAAGCCAGUGAUUGUGACUUCUGGUUGUUAA